GAUCAUUCGUGCAACGUGACUCGAGCGAGUGGGUAGCCCUGUAUUGUCAUCGUAUUAUUUCUCAAAACACAAUUGCAUAUUGUUUGCUAUAACGAAGGGGCCUGGAAGGAGGAAAAAAUGUUAGAAUCAUUGGGCGUAAUUAGAGGCAAUCAAGAAAUAUUGUCCGAGGAUCUGGAUCUUCCGUUGAUAUCUUCAGACAUCAUCUUAGAGGACCUAGGCUAUGAGCCAAUUCAUCGCCAGGUCCGUUUGCCCGUAGCAGAUACAGCCACAUACAUCGAACCUCCGCACGCUAUACUCUGUCCUGACAAUCGUUUUUAUCCUGAAGACAUAAUAGUGACGGCCAUUUGUUGGACACUAGGAAAACGACCAACAAGCAUGCCCGUGGACCAGGUGCACAUGACACCUAAGCUAGCAAAAGCAGUAGAUAAGGAAUUUAAUACAAUCUACUGUGAUCAGAUUUUGGUCUUUCUUGGUAUGGCAGGACUGAUGACUAUCAUUAAAAAGCUCGGAUCCGACACGGAUGCAAAUCGUGAAUACCUCACCAACACGUGGCAAACUGUUUGUAACAUAGUCGGAAUGGGAAUGAUAAACAUCUUCACGUCGGGUUCUGUUUCGCAGGAGCGAUACACGUCCUUCGUUAAAAUUUUGGAGAUUUGGCAGGAUUGGAUUGAACCAAGAGAUGCACUCCGCAAAAGCCUCCUUGAUGCCGCCCUACUAGAACAUCUGGAAGAAUCUUCUUUGUUUGUGAGAGUUGCGAUAAAUCAAGUAAAAAAAGUUUCUAAUACAUUUCGGCCUGGAUCAUGUAUUAGUUUUGGAUGCCCUGAUCUCUUAAAAUAAAACCAUCUUCCGCCAGGCUAUCGCAAACGGAUUUCAGAAGAGCUAUAGACGAGUUACGCACAAGAUUUUGAAGAUAUGACAUAUAUAUAUAUAUUAACGAUGAUAGUAAUUUUUGCGAAAUAAAAAUAUUACGUCUCCAAAUCUAGUAAAAAUAUUAUUAUCUUUUACAUUUUUUGAGAAGUAUGAUCUUCUACACAUAGAUGAGGUUUUGUUCAAUUUGGAAUACCAUGAAGAUACGAUAGAUUAAUAACAUUAUUUAGACAAUUUUAAUAUCAAGUGCAUUACAGCGGAUUGAAUUUUACCAUGCAUUUUAGUGGAUUAAUAUUUAUCUAAGCAACGAGCCCGUUGAUUAAGUAAAUAUUAUU